GAGCAGGACCUCAAACCUGUAGCAUUCGGAAAUCAUGUUAAGUGUACAGCAGAGUAUUAAAACAAAACAUCAGCGUAUGAUUGGAAGGAUCAAUACUUGAAAAUGAUAUUUAGGUUCGAGGAAUGGUUCUUUUAGCAACCAAAAAAAAAAAAAACUUUAAAAAAAAAAUGGGCUGGACCGAGAUGAAUGCAAAACGUCAUUGAUGAAGAUAAGCACCUGUAAAACUCUCAGCUUUGUUUAAAGCACUUCUAUGAACAGUGAGAAAUAAUCUGCAAGUCCACACUGCAUUUUGGAUUUUGUAAAAAAAGACAGGUGUUUUCUGAGAAAGCUGUGAUGCGUUUAUUUAAGUUUAUAUUCACAAUAUACUUUCUGGUAGUUUUUCUGUCAUCGACGUGUGGAAAGAGCAGGAACAAAUUGAAAAGCAAGAAAAACACAUGGCGUUUGAGACUUCUGCGAAAACUCUCGGGACGAUUAUACCCUAAUGUUACACUAUUGAGUUUAAAAAACAAGCACCACAGUUUACCAGGUGAUAACAAAGGUCGCAUACACUUGGAAGAUUCUUCUAGGAAACAUGUCCCGGUGAUACGAUGUGAAGAAAAACGUAAUUCGGAUUUGAUUGCCUGUCCCUCUCCCAAUUCCCGGCGCGAGUUUUACUGCAUCAGUGAGGAUUUAUUGUGUAACGGUAUUAUGGACUGUCCCAACGGAGAAGACGAAAACUUAGUGUCAUGUAUGUUUCACAAAUGGGCAAAUACAUUCUUUAAUUCAAUAUCAUCAUCACUAACAGAUAUGAAAAAACAGAUUAUGAAUCUGGAACGUUCGUUAGGAAAAUUGCAAAGGUUCAAUGAUGGAAAAUAGAACACAGAACUAGAAUGGCGCAUGGAACUUACGACAAACCAAGGAGUCAGAAAUACUACACAGACUGCAUGUGUUCAUUUAUAUGUAAUGGUGCUUCGCGCACAGCAAAUGAUACUGGUUUAUAUGUUCUUGUUUAUUCAAUCAUGGUUUCUAUAUUGGUAUGGUGCAAUUUAUGUCUGUGAAAAAGGUAUUGAGAUUGUAUGAAAUAUAACGGACUUAUACUAAUACGUCUGAAUUUAAGUCCCGUUCACGAUGGAUACAAAGUGCGGAUUUUAUGUGUAUAUAAUUAGUUUACGUUGUCUAAUAGAUAUCUGGGAAUAAAAUGCAAUGACAUUAAA